AUGGAGUCCAUUGAUGAAGAGCAUUGCUACACUAAGGACGGGACCGUUGACUACCUGAACCGGCCGGCCGAUCGGAAGAAAACCGGAACCUGGAAGGCUUGCCCCUUUAUUCUAGGGCAUGAGUGUCUUGAAAGAUUAGCCUACUAUGGAAUGAGCUCAAAUCUGUUGCAAUAUUUCAAAGAUCAGCUCAAUCAGCACAGUACAACUGCUUCGAAAAGCCUGUCGAAUUGGUCGGGAACUUGUUACGCUAUGCCGCUAGUCGGAGCCUUUCUUGCCGACUCGUAUCUCGGAAGAUACAACACGAUCGCCGGUUUUUCCGUCAUCUAUGUUGUCGGAAUGGCACUGUUAACUCUAUCCACCUCAAUCCCCGGCCUUAAGCCGACGUGCCACGAGAAGGACACGUGUCAUGCGACCAGCUCUCAGGCCGCAUUAUGCUACACGGCCCUCUACUUCAUGGCACUUGGGUCCGGAGCCAUCAAACCAUGUGUCUCGUCUUACGGGGCUGACCAGUUUGACGAUGUGGAUGAGCCCGAGCGGGCCCGCAAGUCCUCAUUCUUUGUUUGGUUCUACUUCUCGAUCAACCUUGGGGCCCUCGUAGCCACUUCCGUGGUCAUGUGGGUCCAGGCCCAAGACGGUUGGGCCUGGGGUUUCGGCAUCCCGACCAUAGCCAUGGCUGGGGCCGCGGGCUUUUUUUUCGCCGGGACUCGGGUGUACCGGUACCAGAGGCCCGGAGGGAGCCCGCUGACCCGUCUCUGCCAGGUGGUGGUGGCCUCGGUUAGGAAGUACCGGGUGGUGGUGCCAGAGGACGGGUGUAUGCUUUACGAGACGUCAGAUGCUCAGUCCGCGAUAGUCGGGAGCCGCAAGCUCAACCACACGGAACAAUUUCGGUUCCUUGACCGGGCAGCGGUUUUCACCCAGUCGGACUUCAACAAGGGCACGGCCAAUCCAUGGAGGCUCUGCACAGUUACCCAAGUCGAGGAGCUAAAGGGGCUCCUUCGGCUGCUGCCCGUUUGGGCCACAGGCAUAAUAUUCAGUACGGUUUACGGGCAAAUGGGUAACAUGUUCCUGCUUCAGGCCCUGUACUUGGACUCUAGGGUUGGUGGGACCCACUUCCGAGUACCCGUGGCAUCACUCACCACUUUCGACACCAUAGGCGUUAUGUUCUGGGUCAUAGUCUACGACCGGGCCAUCAUCCCCGUGGCCCGCAGGUUCACGGGCCAUAGGAAUGGGCUCACCCCACUACAGAGGAUGGGCUCGGGUCUCCUUGUAUCGGUCUUCGCCAUGCUGGCGGCAGCCGCCCUGGAGGUCGCCAGGCUGGAUACAGUUAGGCGGCACGGCCUCUAUGACGUGCAGGAGGCUCCGAUCUCCAUAUUCUGGCAGGUGCCCCAAUACUUCAUAAUAGGUUUUGCGGAGGUGCUGACGCAAAUCGGGCAUCUGGAGUUUUUCUACGACCAGGCGCCCGACUCGAUGAGGAGCUUGUGCUCGGCUCUUUCCCUCACGACUUUCGCACUCGGGAAUUACAUGAGCUCGGUUCUUGUGACGCUAGUGACGGUGUUCAGCACGAGGAACGGUGGGCCCGGCUGGAUACCCGACAAUUUGAACUACGGUCACCUGCAUUACUUUUUCGAGUUACUGGCGAUUCUCAGUGUGCUCAACUUGGGAUUGUUUGUUAUUGUGGCGAGGAGGUUUACGAACAAGAAGACGGUCGAGACCCUAUAG